AUGCCCGCGGGAGGCCCGGCUUGUAUAACAUGCCGUGAAAAAUGUCGUAAAUGCGACCGCACAAAACCCGUUUGUCAAAGAUGUGUCACCAAAGGCCUCGAGUGCAAAGGAUAUCCGGAAAAAUUCCGCUUUGCGGGAAUAGCAACCCGAGGCAAGUGGAAGAACCGGGCGGUCCCUACUGUAAGCCGUGAUACUGUCCCAAAUCAGCCAGACAUCGGAACCAAUCAUCCAAAUGCCAGCCAUAAAGAUUUUGAUCGGCAGUAUCCAAGUGCUUUGACCUCAUGCGAGGAUCAGAAUGUUGAACCACUGCCAAUUCUCGACCAUUCCCGGCCACAGCCAGAAGGGCGAGCCGUGGAGUUAGACGAUUUAUUAAUUCUAGAACAGACGGAACUUUUGUUGACACAUUGUAUUUUCGAAUCGGGCGUCUCGACUCACGGAGUUCAUAUUACGGGUGCACUGUCUAUCUGCAACCAGUUGCACUUGUGUGAUACCCUAUCCACAGAAAAUGAAAGAACGAUAUUUUUCUUAGGGAAUCUAGCAUGGCAGGUGAUCUCAUAUCGUUCUUGUGUCCGAUCCCAGUUCUGA